CAGAGCCUCAAUCUUGCAAACGGUGAUACCCCUCCACAUCGAUUUUUUGUUGCGCAACAUUAUCGCACACGAAUGCCUCACAAACCGCGAUGAGUUCAGAUUCACAAACACGUUUUGUGCCACCAAGCCGACGAAGAGACAAGCCAAUCGUCUCUUGUACUCUUUGUCGGCGUCGAAAACUCAAAUGCGACCGGCAACAGCCCUGCAAAACAUGCGUCGACAGAGGUCUGGCAUUGUCAUGCACUUAUGUGCGCAGUACUCCAGCUCCUCAAGAGCCGAAAGCCCCUCACAGUGUGCAUGACCGUAUCGACCAAUUAGAGAAGCUAGUGACAACACUCAUGAGCGGCAAGGAAGUUGGUCACGGUAGUCCGGCUACGCCAGCGAUGCCACAUCUCCAGCAUCUGAACGACGAGGACGAUACAGGGAUACCGAACACACCGGAUCGCGUGCGUUUCACCGGCGACACAACGAGCUACGCAAACAGUGCGCAUUGGACCAGUAUCCUGGACGGUAUAUCAGAGCUUCGCGAGCACCUCGAUGAGAUGCCCACUACAGCACAUUCAAGAGACGAUAAUCUUACUGAUGUGCCAGGCCCGGACAUCCUGUUCGGCCGACAAAGGCAUGCAACCAAGCAGGAAUUAUUGGCGGCUCUGCCUCCACGUACGGAAGCUGAUCAGUUGAUCUCCACGUACUUCGCAUCGAUGGACACAUCACCAAACUUAGUACACAAACCUACAUUCUUGAGAGAGUAUGCCAGAUUCUGGACUCGACCGUUCGAAACACCUACCAUGUGGCUGGGCUUUUUAUUCGCUACCUUAGCCCUCGGCGCGCAAUUCCAAGCUGGCCUUGACCAUGAGGUAGCUCUGCAAGGAGCUGCUACGCCUUCGUUGUUCACUGCACGUAUACACUUCUACCGCGAAAAGCUCGUACAAUGUCUUGUGCUGGCAAACUAUGCGAAAUGCCCUCCAUACACGGUUGAAGUGCUCAUCAUGUACUUUGGUACCGAGUAUCUACGUUCAGCCGACUCGCAAUUCAGCAUGUCAAUCCUCGUGGGAAUUAUCGUCCGAAUUGCCUUUCGCAUGGGCUACCACAGAGAGCCGUCAAGGUUUGCAGAUAUCUCACCGUUCAGAGCAGAAAUGCGACGUAGGACGUGGCUCAUGGUCAUGUCACUUGAUCUCGCCACGUCGUCCCAGGUCGGUCUGCCUAGGCUCAUACAGCCGUUCAUGUGCGAUACUCAGGAGCCUCGCAAUCUGCUCGAAGAGGACAUUCACGAGGAUAUCGCCGAGUUGCCUCCGUCACGACCGGAGACUGAGCUGACGCCUUCUUUAUACACUGUGGUUUUGACGCGCGUGCGGCUUGCACACGCGAAGGUUAUGGAUAUGAUGAACGCCACAUCUCAAUCUCCAUAUCGAGAAGUGAUGGAGCUGGACGCGAUGUUUCGAGAAGUAUAUACCAAGCUGCCUGAGUGUGCUAAACCGAUACCGGGCGAGGACUUCGACGAUACGCUCUCACCGGCGUCGAUGCGACGUUUCUACCUCGGAUUGUCGUUUUUGAAGAGCGAGAUGCUGUUACAUCGUCCCUAUCUUCUACUUGGUCGCACCGACCCCAACUACGAAUACUCUCGGCGAGUCUGUCUAAAUGCAGCGACUGAGAUGUUAGGCUUCCAGAGAAAAGUCGACGGUGAGAUCCGGCCAGGGGGCAAGUUAUGGUCCCAGGGCAUGCAAAGCUUUAUUGUCAGUUGGUACAUGUCCUCGAUCGUGGCGCACGACUUUCUUCUCGCGACUACUAUUUUGAUUCUUGAUCUGGACACGGACCUGACUUCGCCAAUACAACCAACGCCUGCGACACCUACGAGUGGGCUACAACUCGAUCAUGGACCACCAAUACGGUCGGAGAUCAUAGAAGCAUUACAGAACGCGUACACGAUCUGGUCCAAGGCAAGCAAGAGGUCGCACGAGGCCCGUAAGGUCGCUGCUGCCGUGAAGCUGGUACUCAACAGAGCAAACUCAAGUGCACACAUCACACAGAGCCAAUCUUGGAGAAGUGUAGCCCCAGAACAGAUCGACACAGCAUCCCCAGCGUCAUCCUUUGAUUUCAAUGACUUCGCCACCGAAGCUGCAAAUCCUAACUACCAGUUCAUGGGGACUGGUGGCUAUGCGAACCCAUUUCUCAUGCCUGAUGUACCCAUGGACCUCGAUGCGUUCACGGAAAGCUUUGGUUGGGGCGGGUUCUCAUCGGAUCUUCAACCGCAGGCCCAAGCCUACCAUACUGAACAGAGGUCGAUAUGAUCACAUGUAACCGAGGAGUACCUAUGGUACUGCGCAGCUAGCUCCACUGGGUCUUUCAUAUUCUGUUGAAGCACUUCAUCCAACAGCCCUCGCACUUCGACUGUUGGCUGCCCGGGAUGUUGGAUGGAUACAAAACACCAAUGCACUUUCGAAAAAUCUGU